CGGUCUGCAGUGCGCUGCUCUUCUCCGCUACGGAGAGACCUCGGCGGCUGCGCGCCCCUGGCCUGGCCGGUGCCUCCUCCUCGCCGGAAGCGGGUGGCCCAGCGGCUGAAACGCGCUGUGCCCUGGUGUUUGCGCUGUAGGGUCCCGCGAGCUCGAUCUCCGCCUGAGCCCCGCAACGGGUCCGAACUACAGGGGGAGAGAGCAACUCUGUCAGCUCGCCCGCCCUAGCACCCGUCUGGGACCGUGACAGCAGCGGGGAGGGGGCCCCUCGCCUGGUGUAGUUUCAGGUCACUUUCUUUAAUGUGCUACUGGUCGUACACUGCGGAUGGGAAUGAUAAAGGUUGAUGAUGUCAAAAAAUUCUUCUAGAAGAAAGAUAGUGCCAACUAAAGUAACAGAUUGGGUGGCACCUUCAUUUGAGGAUUUCUUUGGGAAUACAAAUAUCUUAUCUAGUACUCUUCUUGUAAAGUCAUCUGGGGAGGCUAAUCAGCAUCAGAAGAGAAAAGAUCAUUCCUCUGUGCCAGAAAGUAGCAAGAACAAGGUUCUGGCUAGAAUCAAAGGAAAGUCAUCUUCAAUAGAUCACAUUUGUGAUCACUCUAAACAAAAUCAAAGCCAGUCUCAAAAUGAACCGUGGGUGGAUAAAUACAAACCAGGAACACAGAAUGAGCUUGCUGUACAUAAGAAGAAGAUUGAAGAAGUUGAAAGCUGGUUAAAAGCUCAAAUAUUUCAAAGGCAGCCAAAGCAGGGUGGCUCUGUUUUAGUGUUAACUGGACCCCCCGGUUGUGGAAAGUCUGCAACUAUACAAAUAUUAGCUAAGGAACUUCAUGUUCAGGUGCAAGAAUGGACCAAUCCAAUAUCUCUAGACUUUAGGAAAGAAGAUUUCAAGGAUGCUUUUAACUAUGAAUCAAGUUUUCAGAUGCUUCCCAGUCAGGCCCAGACUGCUCUCUUUCAAGACUUUCUGUUAAGAGCAAAUAAGUAUAACAAACUUCAGAUGCUAGGGGAAUCCACAGAGGCUGAUGAUAAACUUAUUCUCAUUGAAGAUAUGCCUAACCAGUUUUAUCGUGACCGUGACAGUUUUCACGAAAUUCUGAGGAGGUUUGUGCGGACAAGUAGAUGUCCCCUUGUAUUUAUAAUCUCAGACAGUCUCAGUGGAGACAGCAACCAAAAGUUAUUAUUUCCAAAGGAAAUUCAGGAAGAACUAUGUAUAUAUACUAUUAGUUUUAACCCUGUGGCUCCAACAAUGAUGAUGAAAGUUCUUAAUCGAAUAGCUACAGCAGAAGCAAGUAUGAAUGGAGAAAAAUUUGCUGUCCCUGAUAAAAGCUCUUUAGAGUUGAUUUGUAAAGGCUGUUCAGGUGAUAUUAGAAGUGCAAUAAACAGUCUUCAGUUUUCGUCUUUGAAAGAGUACUCAUCAGAGAACAACUUGUGGUCAAAGAAAAAAGGGAAGUCUACAUUAAAAAGUAAUACAGAAGUAUCCAGAACCAAGAAGAAAAAGAGAGCUGAUAAGACUUUAGAAAACCAGGAGAUACUAGCUAUUGGUGGCAAAGAUGCUUCCAUCUUUCUUUUCCAUGCUUUGGGGAAAAUACUUUACUGCAAAAGAGAAUCACUAUCUGAUUCAGAAUUUCCUCGGCUACCUUCUCACCUAUCUGAAUAUGAAAGAGACACCUUACUUGUCCAACCUGAGGAUAUUGUAGAAAAGUCACACAUGCCUGGGGACCUAUUUAAUUUAUAUCUUCACCAAAACUAUGUAGAUUUUUUCACUGAUAUAGAUGAUCUUGUGAGAGCCAGUGAAUACUUGAGUACUGCUGACUUCCUCUGUAGUAACUGGAAUUCACGACCUACACUCAGGGAAUACAGUGCAUCUGUGGCCACAAGAGGUGUGAUACAUUCAAAUACCGCUAGAGCCUUUGCCCAUUGCCAAGGAGGAAUGGGUUUUCGGCCUUUUCAUAAACCCCAGUGGUUCCUAAUAAAUAAAAAGUAUCAAGAAAACUGCCUUGCUGCAAAAUCUCUAUUUUCAAGUUUCUGUUUACCACCUUUAUGCCUUCAAACCCAGCUGUUGCCUUUUCUUGCCAUGCUGACAAAUCCAAUGAGAAACCAAGCUCAGAUUGCCUUUAUCCAGGAUGUUGGAAGGCUUCCCUUGAAGAGACACUUUGGAGGGUUAAAGCUUGAAACUCUUACAGAUAAAGAUCUUGGUAUGCCAGGCUUUGAAAAUAUUGACGAAGGAGACCUUUCUGCCAUGCGGCCUCUGGAGGUGUUUGUCCAAUUGGAGAAAAACCAAAUAAAUGAGACUGAGCCAGAUGAAUUUCCACUUAUUUCCAGCCAGGCUAGUGGAAGUGAACUACCAAGUAGUCAACCUCAGCCUAUUACGGCACAAGCAAUCAUGGAGGAAGAUGAAUUAAAAAUAGAUGAAUAUGAUAGUGACUGAGUGCAACAAAAUGUCAGUAUCAUUGGUCUAACAUUAACAGAAUUUUUUUAUUUUGUGGUAAAAGAUUCUUCCUUGACUAGAUUGUAACAAAAGCAUCAAUGAUGUAUUAAAGAGUGGGCCAAUUCUAUAGUAAUUCUACCUUAAUAUUCCUGUGACUAAUCCCAUGAGUAUGCUAUAGGCCUAAGCCCAGUGUGUACUGGGGUAAUAUCAAGGUGCCAAGUUUCCUUAACUUCCCUUGAUGUUGCAGUAUGGAGCCCAAAGUGUGUGUACUUAAUCAAAGGUGUUGCUCCCUGCCUAUCCUGAGCCAUCAAAGUAACCUAUCUUUAAACAACAUUAAAAUUCUAAAUGAUGAGCUGAAA